GUUUCACACAGAUCGUGAUGAAGAGACAGAUGGUAAUUAAACAAAAAUCAAGAAACUCUAACACGUCAUCUAGGACUACUACUUCAUCGGCGAUCAGUAACAUCCGUUACGUGGAGUGUCAAAAGAAUCACGCUGCUAACAUCGGAGGCUACGCCGUCGACGGUUGCCGUGAGUUUAUGGCCUCUGGCAAUGAAGGAACCGUUGAAGCUUUGAGAUGCGCCGCUUGUGGUUGUCAUCGGAAUUUUCACCGGAAGGAAGUCGAUACGGAGGUUGUUUGUGAGUACUCUCCACCUAACGCUUGAUUUUUCGAGGAUUUGAUUCUCUGUAUUUGGAUUUAUCGAUUGAUUUUCAAAGGAGAAGUGAUAUAUAUAUAUAUAUAUAUUUGUAUAUGAUUAUUGAUGUGUAUUGCAUAUUAAAAAAUUGUAUAUAAAUGGUUCUGUUUGUGAUAUUUAAAGUAUUGUAGGAUCGAAAGUAGAUAUGUUUUUGAUUUGGAGAAUGAUAUUUGAUA